AUUUACUCCUGAUUGGAUCUUCUUCCCGUCAAUCACAAGCCUACAAUCAACACAAACGCUACUUGUACGCCUAAUUCCUGUCUGGGGGGAAAAAACAACUAAAAACACACAUUUACUGUGAUUUUUAAGACGACACACGACUCAUUCAGUGGGUCCUGAAUUGACAUCUGGAGGGGCACCAGAAAAUUCCAAAAGAUGACCCAGUCUGUGCACAUAAGCCCCAAAUUGAAUCUGGGGUCCCCUUUUCACUGUGCCACUCAAGAGGAAAUGGAUCACGGUGCAUCCUAUUCUGUUCAGACUCCAUAUGGAUUCCAGCUGGACCUUGAUUUCCUUAAAUAUGUGGAAGAAAUAGAGAGUGGUCAGACUUUACGCCGAGCGAACAUGAGCCCAAGGAGAGGAUCACGUAGUGACCGAGUUUCUCAGAGAAGCGUAGGGGGUCGCACCAGUGGCUGGACUUCAACAGAAUCACUGGCGUCAACAACCAGUGAAGAUGGCCGGGCUCUUCCUCCACCUGCUUCUCGAAGCCAUGUUACAUCAGUCAGCAGGUCACAGCCGCUUUCACCAUCUUCUGUGAUCAGUCCCACACUACCAUCUUGUGCAAAAAUGCCACCUCCCCCACCUCCACGUAACCCCAGGGUAGAGAGAACAUUACUAGAGACAAGCCGUCGACUACAGCAGGAGCAGAGUCUGUACCCAAAUGGUAUAGGCUCUAUACUUUCAGACAGUGUUAAAGAUUGUGGGUCAAAUAGCAGCUAUUCAGUGCCUUCCCAGAUGUCUACAGAUGGUAACCUACUACAGAUUUCAUCAGCUGUGCAGAAUCCCAAUUCUGGUGGCUGGACCAGAUUUAGUCCUCAGAAUUCUGGGAGAAGCACUCCAGCCUCCAGCUCUGGAAUGUCUUCAUUACCCCCAGGGCAGCUUCAGACAGUACGAGAACAGAUGGCCUUAGCCCUUAGACAACUCAGGGAGAUGGAAGAAAAAGUAAAAGGAGUACCUGCACUUGAAAGAGAACUGUCCAUGCUACGUGAUGAAAAGAAUAGGCUGCUUGAUGCCCUCCAAAAGAAAACAGAAGAACUUAGUGCUCUGGUCAAUGCAAAAAACUCUGCUCUGGUAGAACCUGCACACUUGUCUUCAUCUAUAGAUCCCAGCAGUGCAAAUCAAGAGAUGCGUUGCAGAGAAAAAGAACUUCCUGUUUUGGCUAUAGAGAAAAGAUCCAUAGCUGUAGGUAGUGAUGUUCCCCUUAAAAUUGUGGUGGUUCAGGAUGCAAAAGAUGCAGCUGUAGAGGCUGCUGUUGAUGUCUGUCACAGAGGUGUGGAAACUGAGCCAUUGACCGUUUGUGAUAAAGAAAUCCAGGCCAAAGUCACAACAAAUGAAGUGGCGGUCUGGGUAAUGGAGUCAUUACUUGGGCUAUCAAGUGAGACUGAACAAGAAAUAGACAAUCUGCAGGAGACAAUUAAGUGUCAGCAAGAGUCAGUCCAUCUCCUUGAGAGAAGGUUAACCCAGGCCAAUGAGGACCUUGAGGAAUUAAGGGCUCUGGAGAUGGCGAGGACGUCAAAGAUCAUGCUAGAAAAAGAGACACUUGUAAAACCAGAGACAGCUGAUGUGAUCGUGGAGACUGAGCUUUGCUCCAAAACGUCUGUAGGAGUUGGGGUUUCUGUUGCAGACUUUCCAGUGACACAAAUUGAUCAGAGCAGUCAAACGGACUUUGUGGAAGCAUCGAAUAAAAAGGUGGCCGUAAUCCAGGUCAGCACAGGUAUUCAGUGUGAAGGCCUUUUUAGCACUGACAAACAAGACAAUCAGGAACAGUCUGUCUCUGCUGAUGCUAUAGGCCCCCUGAAAUCCAUCAUGAAGAGAAAGGAUGGGAGUGGCUCAAGUGCUGCUUGCAGCAGUGGCAAAAAAAGCUUAAAGUUUGUAGGGAUUCUCAAUGGAGGUUAUGAGUCAACAUCUAGUGAAGAGGAAGAGGAGGAUGGAAGCUCCUCUGACGGCGGGUGCUCAGACAGCAGUGACGAAGAGGCUGCAGCUCUAGAGGAUACUUCUGAUGAAGAAAGGAACAUUAAUUUGGAUGAUAGUGAUAGUGAUGAAAACAUAGCAGCUGUGACAGAUGGUGUUAAGGAACAGGCUGAAGUACUAAAGGAGAAGUUUGAACUGAGUUCAAAAAUGCGUGAGGCUUGCCUCAUUUUAAAGACCCACCUUAAUGAUGGUGCCCAAACAACAAAGAGUAAAGAACUGCUGUCCAGCACCCACAUUGUGCAACUGGAAUGGUUCAGAGUGUCCAGUGCGAAGUCGGCACAGACAUCCCGAGUUUCCAACUACCUGAUGGCUUUCUCAGAGCUUUCUCCUGCUCUGUUGCUGCACGUAGUCAACAUGACUGACGGCAACGGCAACACCGCUUUACAUUACAGUGUUUCCCAUUCCAAUUUCACCAUCGUCGGACUACUGCUCGACACAGGUGUGUGCAAUGUGGAUAAGCAGAACAAGGCAGGAUAUACCGCUGUGAUGCUGGCAGCAUUAUCAGCAGUGAAAGAAGAGGAAGACUUGUUGGUAGUCAAAAAACUAUUCAGUAUGGGCAACGUCAAUGCCAAGGCAAGCCAGGCUGGUCAGACUGCACUCAUGCUGGCAGUGAGCCAUGGGAGGCAGGAGAUGGUGCGAGCUCUACUUGAGUGUGGUGCCAAUGUGAACAUACAGGAUGAUGAGGGCUCCACAGCCCUCAUGUGUGCCAGCGAGCACGGGCGUGCCGAGAUCGUCUCCCUUCUGCUCGAGCAGCCUGGCUGUGACAUUGCCAUCAUAGACAACGAUGGCAGCAAUGCCCUUUCUAUUGCCCUGGAGGCAUCUCACAAUGACAUUGCAGUGCUACUGUACGCCCACAUGAACUACUCUAAAGCUCAGUCUGAUGUGUCCCCCAGAGUAAACCCUAGGAGUCCAUCCAGUCCUAGAAAGACAUGGCCCUCAGAGUGAUGGGCUGCCAGCUCCAAAACUGGCGAGAAGUGAAUAUCUUCAGCAUUAAAUACCUUUUACAGGAAAAACUAACAUCGUUCGCAUUACAUGUUUAUAUGUAAUGUUGUUUGUUCAAGAUAUUUCAUUUAUUGCAUUAUAUUACACUUAUUGUUUGUAUUAUUAGUUAUGAAAGGCAUCUGUGGAUUUUUGUCUUGUGCAGAGAGGACAAUCAAUACCCCUGUAGCUCAUUUUAAUGAUGCGGGUCACUGAUCUGAGAACCAAAGAAUGUCUUAACUCAGACUUUUAUAUUGAAUGUUUUGGGGUUCAUCAGGUUUUCCCCCAGUGGAUUGAUGCGCAGGUGAGCUCUAAUUUGUUCAGACUGAACAUGGACUUUGUUUAUUUGGAACUCACAACAGUGCGUAGCUUUGGGAUCACACUACGAUCAUUUGGGAAACUCGCAACCAAACAAGCAACACAGCACUGACCUGCGAGAAAAUUAUGUAUCUGUAGACUUGCAUGAUCCUGUGCAAUGUUUCUUUCUGGCAGUCACAUUUGCUGGACCACAUGAAACUUAAGAACAUUAUAUUUACAGUUGAACUGUAUCUCUUAUUUUUUUAAAAAAAAAAAGCUGAGUUCUUAUAAAGUACCUAUAAAGGUAAGGUUGAAUUUUAAUGCAAAACAUAUUUUUAGACAAAGUAAAAUGUGCGUUAUUGUUUAUUAUUAUUAUAAAAGAAACCAAUCCUAUGUGGGCAGGUUUUUUUAAAAGCCUACUUGGAAAACACACUUCUACCCUGGUCUGACUUUUUUUAACUUGCAUACACAACUAACCUAUGACAAGCAAUUCUGAAGGGAAAACAGACCACAUUUUCAUACAGUAUUUAAGAUGUCUUGCUGGAUGUGGCCAUCUGUAUACAACUUUGGUGCUGUAUAGCUUUAUUUAGUGAGCACAGGUCCUAAACAGGACACACACACGCUAAAUUGUAAAUUAUACCCAAAGUACAAAUCUGCUUAAAAUCAUAAUUGAGCAUUGCAGGAAGCAUAGAGAACCAGUUCAAACCAAAAGACUUUUGCUCCUGAUAGUAAAUAUAAUCAUAGUAAGUUUAAUACAGUACCACAUUAUCUGGUGGUUGCACAGGGUUACUGUGUGCCCCCUAGCGGUGAACAUGUAUCGUGGGAAAUGUGUAUUAGAGUAUUACAUACUGUGCUUUCUAAAUACAGCAGGAUACUUAAACUGUUAGUCAUUAAUGUUAAAAAAAAAAAGCCCUUAGUAUGAUGGCUGACGCACACAAUGCACAGAAUUAUUUUUUUAUGUUCAAGAUUGUACCAAAGAUUACAUUAACCCAGAAUAAUGCUUGUGAAUCAGACAGAUGGACCAUGUUUUUAUCUUUAUUUUUUUGCAUACGUUUAACUUUUCACUUCAGCUGGUAGUAUAUUAUGGUGCCCACUGUAUUAUAAAACCACAUAAGAGUUAAAGGUUCAUAUGCUCAUCUAAUGUACUCUGUUAAUGUAUUAUUAUUAUUACUAAUUAUUUACUUGUUUCAUCUUCCUGAUUUGUGCCUAACCCAGCACUGCUUCCUGUAAUAUAUUAGAGCUAUUUUUAUGUUUCAUGUUUCGUUACAUGCCUUGGGAUAUUUAGCUACCUUAAAACAUGAAAAUAAAACUGAUUAUAUAAAAGGUGA